AUGGCAGCCGCUGGUUCUUUUGUAGCUCUUUCUGAGCAAUUGGUACGUGACCUCCAAACGUUGGCAUCAGAAUCUAAGAGAAGAAGCUCAGAUAUAAAGCAAGCAUGUGAGAAGUCUAUAGAAAUAUUGCAACGAAGUCAUAGUGAAGAGGAAUUGGUUAGACAUCCUGAUUUCGUUGAUCCUUUCAUAACAGCUUGUCUUUCUGGAAAUGCUAAGUUGACAAGUAUUUCUAUGCAAUCAAUGCAACGUAUAUCAGGAAUUAGGUGCAUAUGUACAAGCAAGAUGGAAUCACUGCUCAACGCUUUGUUAAAAUCUACAGAAUUGGCCAUUGAUAUCCAAUUGAAGGUUUUGCAACUAAUUCCUAUCCUAUUCAAGACAUAUGCUGAUGUUAUCACUGAUAGAUUACUUGCGAAGUUAUUCUUAUGUUGUACUCAAUUGCUACAUCAACCGAAUAGAACCUCUAUCUUGAUUGGUACAGUUAGCGCCACUCUACAGCAAUUAGUUAAUGAGGUUUUUGAUAGAUGUAAAGAUGCUGACAAUGAUGAUGUGAAAGGGCCCCGCCCUGUGCCUAUUUCCAACGAUAAGGCAGGAGUUGUAAACAAGUAUCGAUACGAUGCUCAUAUCGUUUUGGCGAAUUUGUCACAGCUUAAUGAUCCACAUACGUAUGAUGAUGCGAUUUUGGAUGUGAAAAAUAUACCUGAAGAUUGCGGCCUAGAAAUCUUGGAGUUUUUGUUAUCCAACCAUGCAUCCUCUAUCUGCCAGUUUGAAGACCUCUUAUUUUUGUUAAGGACAAAGGUAGUUCCAUUACUUCUCAGAAUCUUCUCCACUUCAAAAUCGUUCCCCAUUGUCGUCAGAACCGCUCGUUGUGCUAAUUUAUUAAUAUCGAUCCAAUUUUUUGACAAACUAGAAUUAGAGUCGGAGAUUAUGUUAUGGUUACUGAUACAUACUUUGUCUAAGGAUUCAGACUCCCCUAUGUGGAAGAAAAUUCUCUCGUUAGAGAUAUUUGACAACUGUACGAAACACCCUAAACUUAUAGAAAAAAUCUUCAAAAGCUAUGAUCAUCUUGAAGACAGAAAGGAUAUUUGUAAAUCUCUUCUAUCAGCCAUUGAUUCAUCCGUCCACAGCUUUGAAUUUGAAAGUUUGUUAAAUGAAUCAGAUAUACUCAUGAAAGGCGAUAUUUUAAUUCUUUCACCAGAUAACAGUUCUUCGAAAAUGUCGUUGCUAAAUUUGCUUGAUAAAUCGUCACCUCCGCUGAUAGACCAAACUUACGUUAUUUAUCUCUUACUUUCCAUUUCUAAUAACAUCUCGGAUGGAGUAAGUAGUUUGGCUUCGUUAAGCGACCAAAAGGAGGAGGUAGACGAAGAAAACGAUGUGCUAAUUGAACUUUUCAAGGAGACAUAUCCCUCUCUUUUUAGAAUCCAUCGAAGGUUUUUGUAUUCUACUACACUUGACACCCACUUAUUCCAUUUAUUAAUACGUGCGUUCCAGAAACUUUCUCUUGCUGCUGGUAUUUUUGGUUGCAAUGAACAGUUACAUGAGCUACUUUCGUUAUUCCAGACACUAAUUCUAAACAAUGUUCCAGAAAGAAGAUCUGCCCCAGUUCCAACGCCAAGCAGUGGGUCAGUAUUAGGCUCGAUAGGAGAUACUCUGGUUAAUGUGGCAGCAACUAUGACAGAGAAGCAAACAGAUGUCAAGCCUAGGACAACCAAAGACUUCCGUUCAAGGUUCUUCCAGCAGAGAAAUUUAAACCUCUUUAGAGCUCUAGUUUCAUUGUCCAUCUCAUUAGGCUCUUCUUUCGAUGCUAAAAGCUGGGAAACAUUUUUGGUCACCUGGCAGUGGGUUUCUUAUUACAUGUAUGGUCCAACUGCAGACUUUUUAGACGGCUAUUAUGGUAAAGAUGUGGUUCCAGCAACUGCAAUAACAAAACAGGAUCUUCUGACUUAUGAAACAUCAGUUAAAAAGUUCAUCGAAAAUUCAAUGAAUUUUACGCACGCCGGACUAUAUGUGCUUUUCAAGACUGCUGUAAGCUGUUCUGUAUCUGUUUUGGAAAGUUCACAAGAUUUGAGUUCUGCACUUGUAGAUUCAUCGGGAAAUGUACGAUUUUGUCCAUAUAAUCGCUCAUUCUUUGUGGCUGAACUGUCAGAACUGUUAGUCUCCAAUUACGAGAAGAUUCUUGUACAGAAUGGUGAUGGGGGAAUCUGGCCUAUGUUUAGCAAAUAUUUGAUCUCUCAGAUCGCUAAUAGAAAACUUCCUGACGCUGCUUUACGCUUGUACUUGUCUAGAGUUUAUUCGGAUACAGUUGUCGAACUCUCUGCUAAAUGCAAUUCAGAGGGUCAGACUCAAAAUGACCUAUCACUACAAACUCAAGAAGUAAUCAUGAAAUCCUUGUUGGAACUCAUUGAUGCAAUAAGAGCACUACCUAUAUCCAGUGAAUCAGUGUACAGUAACGAUACAAAUGUGGAAUCGGAUAUCAUUCUUCAAGCUCUCAAAACGUUAAAUGAUCUUUUAAAUAGUUUUGGAGAAACGUUGAAUUCGUGGGAUAUAGUGUUGAAAAUAUUGAAUUCACCUUUUGAUGUUAUUGAUAAUGGCUCACAGAAAAUUACAGUGGAUACAGAAAGCAAUAUAUCACAAGUUCUGGUUCAAAAACACAAAGAUAUGAUUCAAAUGUCAUUUGAAGUAUUCAAAUUAAUUUCGGACAAUUUCCUACAAUACCUUCCUCUAAAUAUCAUCAAAGAUUUCAUUGAUACGCUCUCGAAUUUUGUUAAUCAAGAUAGGGAUUUGAACAUAUCCUUUUCCUCUAUUAGUCAGUUUUGGCUAAUUGCAGACUCUCUUCGUAUGCAAAAAGGAGAUGCAUCAGUUGAGGAAUCAGAAACAAAAUCCUAUGAUGCUCUAGUACAAAAAGGAGAAAUAAACAAAAUUAUUGAGCAGGAUUUUCCUAUAUCACAAAAGUUAAAGGCUUUGUGGAUUUAUUUACUGGUUACACUAGUACGCUGUGCAUAUGAUCUUCGUCCUGAGGUUAAAAAUGGUGCUGUGCAAACUUUCUUUGGAAUUUUGGACUCAAAUUUUAACCUUUUCCCAUCCUGGGAUCUUAUUGCGUCGCAGGUUUUGAAGCUUUUGCUUUCAUUUAAUCUUCCUGUUGAGAACGCUAAUGGGUAUGCAGAAUUUGUCAACAUUACCUUCAAGGGAUUGCUUCAGAUUUAUUCUAAGCACUUAACGUAUUUCAACUCCCAAAAUGAUAUGACAGAACAUUGGAUCAUUCUUGUUUCUAAAAUGGGUGAUUUGAUGCAAUUAACAGCAUAUGAUGUUGUUUAUUCUGUUUGUAAUAAUUUCAAACAGCUUUUGGAAAUCUCCAAGGCAAUAGAGGACUUCCCAGUCUUGAUUAUAAGAAAAUACUAUGAAAUUUGGAGCAGUUAUAAUAUUGUUUACACUUCAAUUCCGACGAAUGACUACAGAAAGAAAACAAACUCAGAUUGCUUACAAGCCUUUAUGGAUUGUUUCAAACCUCUAUAUGAGCUCCAUAGGAUGCACUCCUUGAUCGACACAGACUUCAUGGAAAAAUGUCUAAGUACCAUUAAUGCCAGUGCUCGUUAUCCAUUGCUUCCGGACCAUAUUUCAGAUAGACUAAAACCCUCUCCCCUACAAAAGUCUCUCCUUGCUGCGAUUGGCACUUUUGAUGAAGAUCUUCCUCCUAAUUUGCAGGUUUUGCUUUUAGCUCAACUUUCUGCUAUUGUUGAUCUACCUUUCGAAACUCGUGACAGAAUUGAAAAGAAGCUUUCCGCUAAAUUGGGGGACCUUACAAAGACGAAGAUUCCUUCUUUCGAAGCUAUCAGUUAUUCGGCGUGCGAAUUACUAUCACAAAGGAUAUCUAGGCUGGAACGUCUUGAUAAAACGAUUAUCGAAAGCAGAUCAUUUAGCAAGUUACUUAACAACCUUUCCCAUCCGAUGACCAAAAACUCCAUGAUUUGUCCUUCAAUAGAUUCCGAACGUCCCGUACUUUGGAAGUUAGCAUGUGAUUCAUUUUGUAUGCUGUCAGAUAAAUUGUUUUAUGCCUUGGUGGCCAAUUUGACCGCAACCGAAGAGGAUAAUGUUAACGAAUAUACCGCCAUAUUGAUACAAAUGCUUAUCGCGACUAUAGUGAAAGAAGGAAAGCAAGAUGAUGAAAACAUCGGCAUACAAGCUGUUAUCAUAUAUAAGCAGUUGAAGGAACUGUUUAUAAAAUGUCUUUCUUUGGGAUUGUUGUCGAAAGAACAAAUACAGCCAUUCGGUUCUGCUUUAUGGUCAAGUUCAUAUUAUUAUGAAAUUGAUGAGGUUGAGGACGCUGUUAUCAAACAAUGCGCCAACUUAGAAGAUAUUGUCAGACAAUUUGCAAAGUUUGAUUUUGACAAUAUCGUUGGAAGUACCAAAGAACCUGUGGCUCUGCCCAAUUAUAAUCUCACGGCAAUUUGUUUGGGAGACCUUAUAGCAUUUUGUACUUUACAAACCAACAAAGGUGAAAUUGUGAGAGAAGUAUGUUUUUCGUUCAUGAUCGCAAGAGUGGCAUUUGUAUUAAGAAAGUUCAUUGCCGACCAGCAGCUUCUCAAUUUACAACCCAUCUCCAAGGUCAAAAGUUUAGAGCUGCAACAAGUAUCCAAUGGGAUCUUGAGUGUACUUGCAUUUUACAACACGGUGGAUACUACCAUACAGAGCUUCGAAUUGUUGGAUGACCUUUAUCCGUUAUUGUUGAGGGCUAUCCCUCUUUCUCAGAAAGUUCCAGGACUUCAGGACACGCUAUUGCAAAUAGCCCUAUUAUAUGCAAAACUAAAUAAAUGA